AGGAAGGAGCAACUCCCAUGAUGCACAUAUACUUUUGGAUGGUCGGUUUUCUGCACUAAUUUUGAGCUUCAUUUCUCCAAGAAAACACCCCUUUCUUUUUUCAUUCUUUGUUCAAUCAUUGCCACUCUGCUAAAAAGGGUCAGUUCCUCUCUGCUUCAUAUAUGGAUCUUGUUUGCUGAUUUGUUCUCUUUCUGCAUAUUCAAGAUUUGAGCUUUGAGUUGAUCUUUGCAGGUGACAGAUAAUCUUUCUUGGUGAAGUUCUUUCUUGAUUGUAAUUUCUUGGGUACUUCAUAGAAGUUAAAAAGUUGCAAUCUUUACCUGUUUGGGAUUAACCUGAGCUAGUUUCUUGGUUCUUGAAUUCAUAUGGGAGACUGUGAAUCUUCAGUCCCCCUAAUGGAAGAAGAAGAAAACCUGAUAGCUGCUGCACAGAACAUUGUGAAAGCGUUGGGGUCAAAUAGGACUUUAACGGAUGAUGCCAGGAAAAUUUUGGCUGAUCUAGGCUCCCAAUUGUCUUCUAUAACUAGAGUGAGUGAACCCGAAGAUGAGGGAGCUGGUGAAAUUGAGGAGCAGCUUAUUGAGCUGGAGGAGGAGCUUAAUUUAGUGCAGAGUAAAGUCAUGAACUGGGAGGUGGGUAAGUCAAUGAUAUGGGAUUGUGGCCAGGAAGAAGCUUAUGAGUAUUUGAGAUAUGUGGAUCAAGGUCGAAAAUUGAUUGAGAGAUUGGAGAGUUUGAACUUGGUUAAAGGUGGUAAAGAAGAUGAGCUUCUGCGUAGGGCUCAUGAUCUUCUGCAAACAGCAAUGAAUCGUCUCGAGGAGGAGUUUACUCAUUUGCUUGUUCACAACAGGCAGCCUUUUGAGCCGGAGCAUAUGUCUUUUCGUUCCAGUGAAGACGAUACGUUGGAUGAUGGCUCAAUUGUGUCGUUUGGGGAUGACUCGAUUGAGGAUGUGGUUCAAAGAGAUAGCAUGAGUAGGAGUUCAGGGGAGUACAUCAUUGAACUGGUGCAUCCAGAUGUUAUUCCUGACCUAAGAUGCAUUGCCAAUUUGAUGUUUGAUUCAAAUUAUGGCCGGGAAUGUUCUCAAGCAUUUAUCAAUGUCAGAAAAGAUGGCUUGGAUGAUUGCCUCUUCAUUCUUAAAGUAGAGAAGUUGAGCAUCGAGGAUGUAUUGAAGAUGGAAUGGAACUCGUUGAACUCCAAAAUCAGGAGGUGGAUACGGGCUAUGAAGAUCUUUGUGCGCAUUUAUCUUGCCAGUGAAAAAUGGCUAAGUGAUCAGAUUUUUAGCGAGCUGGAAGCAGUUGGUUCAGUUUGCUUUGCUGAGGCCUCGAAAGCUUCAAUCUUGCAGCUUCUGAACUUUGGUGAAGCCAUAGCUAUUGGCCCUCAUCAACCGGAGAAAUUGAUUAGGAUUCUUGACAUGUAUGAGGUGCUUGCAGAUCUUAUCCCAGAUAUUGAUGCUAUGUACUCUGAGGAGGUGGGGUUAUGCGUUAGAAGAGAGUGCCAAGAUAUUCUUAGAAGCUUGGGUGAUUGUGCAAAGGCAACCUUUCUGGAAUUUGAAAAUGCUGUUGCUUCCAGCAUAUCAGCCAACCCUUUUCCUGGUGGCGGGAUACACCAUCUCACGAGGUAUGUCAUGAACUACAUGAAAACUCUUAUUGAUUAUAGCAAGACACUUGAUGAGCUUCUGAAGGGCCAUGAGAAGGAAGAUUCAGUGACCAUUUUACCAGACAUGACUCCUGAUAGAGAAGAAGAUAACACAGACAGACGCUGUUACAUUUCUCCGCUGGCUCAACAUUUUCGAUCCUUCACUUCAAUCUUGGAAUGCAACCUUGAGGAUAAGGCCAGGUUAUACAAGGAUGAGUCACUAGGUCACCUUUUCUUAAUGAAUAAUAUUCAUUACAUGGCUGAAAAGGUGAAGAAUUCCAAUCUAAGAACAAUACUAGGUGAUGGUUGGAUCCGAAAACAUAAUUGGAAAUUCCAACAUCAUGCAAUGAGCUAUGAGAGAGCUACUUGGAGCUCUAUCCUCUCUUUCCUCAGAGAUGAAGGGCUAUAUAAUCCAGGCUCGAAUUCUAUCUCGAGAUCUCUUCUCAAGGAGAGACUAAACAACUUUUAUCUCUCAUUUGAGGAUGUCUACAAGAGCCAGACAGGAUGGUCUAUCCCAGACAGUCAACUUCGUGAAGAUCUUCGAAUCUCAACAUCACUCAAGGUUAUCCAGGGAUACAGGACAUUUGUUGGAAGACACACCAACCAUAUAAGCGACAAGCACAUAAGGUAUACUGCGGACGAUUUGGAGAAGUUCCUUUUGGAUCUCUUUGAGGGAUCUCUAAGAUCUGUACAUGGUUCCCACAGGAAGUGAGCUUCAUAUGCUAAUCAGGGAUUUCUUCCAAAGGAAAUCAAGAUUCUUAAUCCUCAAUCAUCAUACUAGUUUACAUUUAGAUAUAUCUAUUUUUGUAAUCUAAAUGAAUUCAUAACUUCUUGAAUGUAGAAAUUUGGUGUUGUGUGCAAAAAGGUCAAUGCCAUGUACUU